AUGUUCGGCUAUCCGACCGAGCGUGUCUCGAUAUCGAGUCCCUGCCAGGUCACUUGCCAGCCCUUGAAUGUGUCAGUCGCAUCAGGUAUCAGUAAUGACACCGAAGGCGCCGACCCGGGCCUCGGCUUCUGUACCGCAGGCCGAUUCGACGACCUGACCAUCAAUAACUGCGCAUUCUGCUACAGUUUCAUACCACAGCAGCUCUUCAUCGCGAAUUUCAUGCAAGCGCUGCAUAUCGAGUGUAGACAGCCGCCUGUGCCCGGCGAACCCUUCUUCCCCAACUCCGACGCUAUUUUCAACGAGACACUUAUUGCCGGACCAGCUCCACCUUCGGACAAUGAUGAUGGAGGAGGUGGAUUGCACGGCUCCGGUCUCGCGGUUGCUAUUGCGCUCCCUAUUGUAGGCGGCAUACUCAUCUUCGGUUUCGGUUGCUGGGGUUGUUGGAUCUUCACGCGACGGAGGCGGCGACGUAUGGCCGCAUCCGGCCGCAUGGAGAAGGUCCACGAAGCCCAAGAGAGCGCAUACAGUCCCGUAACCCCACAGCAUGGUUGGGGUGCAGACGAACCCCCAAGAGAGAUGUCCCAACUGGGCGCCCACGGCCAUCAACACAGUCCGGCCACGAAUAGGUGGAGUCAGCACUAUGCCAGCGAAGCAGCAGUGGGCGAGGACGGGACCCCCCUGCGAAACAGCUUCCAGAGAGAAGACGUCGGGCCCGGGCCCAAUCAACUACAGGAUCAUGACCUACAUGGUAAGCUCUGA